AUGUCUGGCUGGUUUAGUAUCGAUCCAAAUAAACUUAAAGAAUUAGCAGCAAACACAUUGAUAAAUGCACAAAAACAUAUAGACAAAGUUCUUGAUAUUAAGGACCUUGCUUCUGGUGCAGAACCGCAACCAACAAGUAAAAAUAAUUUAGCUACUAAUAUUGGAAUAAAUAAUCCUCCUCCUCCUUUGACGAUAACAACAACCACUGAUGAGUUUUUUUCGACAUUUCUCAAUAAUCAAAAACCGUCAACAUCAAAUAUAGAAGAAGAAGAAAUAAAAAUAGAAAAAGAUAGCUCAUUUUCAAAUUGGAAUUCAUGGACGGAUCAGAACAAUACAUCACAAAUGAUUUCUUCGGAAUCACAGUCAGAUCUAAUAACAACCGAACAGACUACAAAUGAAGAAGAAAGAACACCAAUAAUAGAAUCUAUUGAUAUUCCAACAUCAUCAUUAAUAACAGAAUCUAUUGAUAUAGAACAAGUACCAACAUCAUCAUUAAUAAUAGAAUCUGUUGGUAUAGAACAAGUACCAACAUCAUCGUUAAUAAUAGAAUCUGUUGGUAUAGAACAAGUACCAACAUCAUCAUUAACAACAGAAUCUGUUGGUAUAGAACAAGUACCAUCAUCGUCAUCAUUAACUGAAUCAUCAACUAUAACAGAAAGUUCUAGUAGUGAAAGUGCUAAUUCCUUACGACCAAUAUUAAAUAUUCCAUCAUCUGAAUCGACUAUUAUUGGUCAAAUUAUUGAAAAUAUAAUAGAUGAAAAACAAAUAUUUAUAAAUAAUGAAAAUGAAAAUAUAGAAUCUAAUAAUGAACAACAAUCUGAAACGAUUCAAUCACUACCAUCUGAUAAACGUGAUGUUAUUGAUUCUUGGAUAAAUAAUCGUGAGAAUAAUACAACAGAAAAUAAUCUUGAACAAUCAUUACAAAAUAAAGAUGAUACUAAUGCAUUAUCUCUUUUAUAUACAUCAUCAUAUCCACCAAAUAAUUUUUCAACAUCAUCAAUAAUUGAUGAUGAUUUAACACCAACAUCUGUUUCAACAACAAAUCAUGAUAAAGAACAACAAUUAGAAACUAUUUCAACCGAUGAAGAAGAUGUUAAUCCAUAUGUUGAACAAUCAAAUUCACCAACUCAUACUGCAUCAUCAUCCAAUGGAAAUGAUACACAUAGUAAAGGAUCAUCAUCCGAUGAUGGUAAACAUACAUCAUGUACAUCAUCAGAUAUUGAAGUAAUAUCAUGUCCAAGUGUAACUGGUGGUUUACCACUUAGUACAACAGAUACAUUUGAUAAAUGUCGAGAAUUACGUGAUGCUCGACGAGCUGUAGUACGUGAGGUUGUUGUUCGUUUUCCAUCACAUUCAACAAAUCUUAAAUAUCAUCAUCAUCCAUUAUCAAUGGAUAAUAUUGAUAAAAAUAUAACAUCAAAUUUUGAUACACCAUCAUGGUCAACUUUAAUUGAUGAAGCAGCUACUGAACAGAAUCACUAUCAGGAUUCACAUGAAGAGAAUGAUGAUAAUCAAGAAAAGUUUUUUAUGUCGGAAACUUCGAAAGAAUUAGGUGAAUUAAAAGAACGUCUUGAAUUACGUGAACAAGCUUUUAAAAAAUUAACAAAUGAAUCUAAUGAAUUACAUCGAACGAAUCAAUCACUGAAACAAUCAUUAACUGAAUUAGAACAACGUACAUCUCGUUUAACUAUUGAAUUUCAACAAACAAUUGAAAAUCUUUCAAUGAAAAUUGAAGAACAAAAACAUGUUUCACAAGAACGUGAUCAUCUUCGUAAACAACUUGAUACAUUACAAAAACAAUUAUUUGAAAAUUCAACAUCAUCUGGUAAUACAUUGACUGUAUUACGUGAAAAAGAAGAACAAAUACAACAAUUACUUGAUGAAGGUGAAAAAUUAUCAAAAACACAAUUACAACAUACAAAUAUAAUAAAAAAAUUACGAACUAAAGAAAAAGAACAUGAAACUCAAAUAACAUCAUUGAAUGCUCGAAGUGAUAAAUUAACAAAUGAAUUAGAUGAAGCAAAGAAAAAUUUACAAGAAAAAGAAGAAAAUGAAAAACAAUUAAAAGAAACCGUUAAAAAACUUGAAAAAUCUGCAAUACAUUAUGAAAAAGAAUGUAUAUCAUUAAAAUCAUUAUAUGAAGAUGCUGAAGAACAAAUUCGUAGUACAAAAGUUGCACUUGAAAAUUCUUAUAAAGAAAUAGCUGAAUUAAAUAAAACAAAAGCAGCAACAGAAAGUAAAGUUGUUGAAGCAACAUUAUCAGCUGAAAUAUUAUUAAAAGAAGAAAUUCGUUUGGCUGUUGAAAAAGAACGUAUUAUAUCAAGACAAGAACAAGAAAAAUUACAAAUGACUAUUGAUGAAUUAAGACAUUCUAUUCAACGAAGUGAAAUUCAACUUAAUCGAAGAGAACAAGUUUUAAGACAAGAAAUUAAUGAUCUUCGACAAAGACUUCAAGAAGCUGAAUCAAGAAAUGAAGACUUAACUCAAAAUAUUUCCAAUGCUACACGUCCACUUCUUCGUCAAAUCGAAAAUCUCCAAACAACAUACGUAACACAAAUAAAUUCUCUUGAAAAAACAGAACGUCAAUUAACUGAUCGUCUUGCUGAAAUGCAAGCACAAUAUGCUAUGAGUGUUGAACAUGAACGUGUAGCUAAUGAAACAUUAUUAGAAACGAACGCAAAAUGGAAAUUAGCUGAAGCUCAGUUAUCAACAUUAAAACAAGAUAAAACACGUUUUACUGCCGAAAUUGAUAUUCUUAGAAUGAAAUUAACUAAUCUUGAAGAUUCUAGACAAAGAGAAAAAAAUCAAAUUGAAACAAUGCAAGAAGCAUUUACUCAACAAAUCAAUAGUCUUAUACAAGAAAAGCGACAAUUUGAAUUAGAUGCUGAACUUGAAAAAACCAAAUAUGAAAGUGAUUUAAAACGAUUACAAAUUGUUCAUGAUGCAUUAAAAGAACAAAAUAAUUUAUUUGAUGCACAAUCAAUAAGUCGUUCAAGUUCAAAUCUUGAAUCAACACUUCAACAACAACGUAGUCGACGUUCAUCUGGUGGACAUGAUACACCAUCUUCAUUUUCAUUUGAACGUUCUCCAUUUGUUCCAACACCAAAACCAAGUGUAUAUGAAACUUUAAGAAAUACAGGUGCUAUAGCUGUACUUGAAAGUUUAGAAUCACAAUUAAAAGAAAAAGAAGGCGAAAUAACAUUAUUACAAAGUGAAAUUGCAGAUUUAGAACGUACACGAGAAUCAAUGGCACGUGAAUUAGUUAAUUUAUCAACAAUAAAUGAAAAAUUACAACAACAAACACAAAAUUAUCCAAUAUUAAAUGAACAAUAUAAGGAAUUAGAAAAACGUUAUGAUGCACUUUUAACAAUGUACGGAGAAAAACAAGAAGAAGCUGAUGAACUUCGACUUGAUCUAGCAGAUGUCAAGACACUUUAUCGAGCUCAGAUUGAUGAUUUGAUGAAGCAAAAUUCUCAAAUACGAUAA